AAUGUAUCGAAACGAAUGAAUUGCCACACAACCGCUAUAACGUGACAUCGACCAUUGUCUCUGUCAUAGAUAAUAAUGUUCAGUGCACAGUGCGCAGAGUGUUGCAUUCCGUGAGUGUAUGUGAGAUGUGACCGAGUUGGUUUAGCAACAACGCAGUGCCUAACACGUUUUAGGUAGUAGGCUACAGUGUCGCCAUGGUGUAGAGUCAAGCUGCUGGAGAGUUGUGGGUCUGACAGCUUAUACAAAUAAUAUUAUAGCCUACUGCUUCUGAAUAUUGCUCGAGCCUCCAUGGCUGGACCGUCUCUGGGUAUCACUUUGCAACCUGGACUCCGGGGUUAGACGUAACAUAGUAAAUCAGGGACACUCAAAUUAGAAUGAAAUGUUACAUUUUGUAAGGUGGACAUGUCAGUAAUGGAGGAUGUUCUGAAGCACAUAGACGUCUAUGACCCCAGGUUCUGUGUUGCUGUCAUCGCCAUCAUCUUCAACCCUUUCUUCUGGAAUGUGCUGAUUCGUCCUCACGAUAGCCAGUGGAGUCAGACUGUAGGAGCACAAACAACGGUGGCGCGUUGGGAGCAUCGUACGAGAGGUUUGACCAGACUGUUUGGGGGUCCCUAUCUGGCCUGCUACUGCCUAGGCACCCUCAUCAUCCUCCUCAAUGUCUACCGCAGCCACAGUAUGACAGUGGCGAUGAAGGCCCAGGCGAGGUGGGAGGUGAUGGCCAGCCCAGAGGUGUUCUACGCGGGAGCAGCUCUCAUGGCCCUGGGCUCUGUCUUGGUGGUCACCAGCUUCCUGGCUCUCGGAUUCACCGGGACCUUCCUGGGUGACUAUUUUGGGAUUCUGAUGGAAGAGAAAGUGAAAGGUUUCCCCUUCAAUGUAACUGAGAACCCUAUGUACUGGGGCAGCACUGCCAACUAUCUGGGACUCGCAUUCAUCUCACCUCUAAUGCGAUGGCUGAAACUGCUUAUCUUUGAGGCGUUUGAUGUCAGCUGGCAGAGAAGACGACGCUACUCGCAGCUGGUUUUCCAGGAAUGCCAGUCCGGUGGGGUUGGUGCUGACAGCAGUGGUAGCCAUAUCAUACCAAGUGGCCAUCAUCUUUGAGGGACCUUUCACCGAGGAGAUCUAUCGACAGAGAGCACAGUGCUGCAAGCACAAAUAAAGAGGAAGGAUGAACUGUGUUUGUCCGAGGAUCAUACCUACAGAUCAGAGACUACCAGACUGACUACCAGGCCACACACCACGUCAGCCUGCUACACAGAGCACCAGAGGUGGGCUAGAGAGAGAGAGAAGGGAUGGAGGGUGUUUUUGUAUUCUGGCAAAGAUCAAGUACACAGUCUUCCUCCUGGCCCAAUUCCAAGAUAUUCUACUUCUCUUUAUAAAAACUUUGAUCCCUGCUUGCAGUAUUUUAAUAGCAAGUCUUAACAAUGCAAGGGCUGGAUCAAUCGUUUUCAGCUUUUAAAUUGAAUGCUCUGUAGUUUUCAUAUUUCACACUAUUUAGUCGUGUAGUUUUUAUCUCAAAAGACAAUCAUUCCAUAAUAUCUUCUGCAUGGCUAUGUUUGCAGAGUCCCAUGUAUCUUAAUGAAACUGUAAAUACAGAUCUGAUCCCAUAACUACCUG